CCCCAAUUGAAAACAGGAGGAAGAAGGCUGACCAACCAACCGCAGUAUUCGGCCACGAAGCAGGAGGAGAUUGAAGGAGACUCGGAUCAAUGUCUCCAUUGCCAAUCUUCCAAAGCUUCUAUGUCGACACGUACAAUUCCUUUCUCCUGUUCCUGUCUCAAGUUCGAAGUUCUAAAAUAAACCCGUUGUCGUCUACCGCAACGUUUCCCGACGCGUUCAAAGCCAUUCCGACAUGGAAGGAUGUCAGCGGGGAAUUCGGAUAUGGUUGGGAGCAGGCAAGGGCCGUAGUAGUGGUACCGCUCUUCAAGUUCUUAGUGACUCUAUGUUUGGUCAUGUCAGUCAUGCUCUUCAUAGAAAUAAUGUACAUGGGGAUCGUUAUAGCUUAUGUCAAGUUAUUUAAGAGAAAACCCGAGAAAGUAUACAAAUGGGAAGCUAUGAAUGAUGACAUUGAGUAUGGCAGUUCCUUGUACCCGAUGGUUCUCGUCCAAAUACCUAUGUACAACGAGAAAGAGGUGUGUCAGCUAUCAAUUGCAGCUGCUUGCAAACUCUCUUGGCCAUCGGACCGUAUCAUAAUUCAAGUUCUUGACGAUUCUACUGAUCCAGCCAGUAAGGAGUUGGUGGAACAGGAGUGUGAGAGAUGGGCGAGAGAAGGCGUGAAUAUAACAUUUGAAAUAAGGGAUAACAGGAAUGGGUAUAAAGCCGGUGCUCUGAGAGAAGGAAUGCGGCAUAGCUAUGUCAAGCAAUGUGACUAUGUUGCCAUCUUUGAUGCUGAUUUCCAGCCUGAUCCUGAUUUCCUCUCGCGUACCAUUCCAUUCCUUAUUCACAACCCCAAGAUAGCGCUUGUUCAAGCUCGUUGGGAAUUCGUAAAUGCGGAUCAGUGCAUAAUGACGAGAUUGCAGGAGAUGUCUCUCAGUUACCAUUUCAAAGUAGAGCAAGAAGUUGGGUCUUCUGCAUUUGCGUUCUUUGGAUUCAAUGGAACAGCUGGUGUCUGGAGAAUAUCAGCUCUGAAUGAAUCUGGAGGCUGGAAUGACCAGACUACAGUAGAGGACAUGGACUUGGCUGUCCGGGCUACCCUCAGAGGCUGGAAGUUUGUGUAUGUCGACGAUCUCAGGGUAAAAAGUGAGUUACCAAGUACCCUCAACGCAUUCCGCAACCAGCAGCAUCGAUGGACUUGUGGGCCCUCCAAUCUUUUCCGCAAAAUGGCUGGAAAAAUAAUCAGAAGCGAGAAUGUAUCCCUGGGGAAGAAGUUUUAUAUGAUCUACAGCUUCUUCCUUGUUCGGAAAAUACUGUCACAUAUCAUCACUUUCUUCUUCUACUGUAUUGUCUUGCCAACAACGGUGAUGAUUCCAGAAGUCGAGGUUCCAAAAUGGGCAGCCUUUUACCUCCCUUCUACAAUCACUCUCUUCAUCGCAACUGGUAGACCAAGAUCAUUCCACCUUCUGGCAUUCUGGGUUUUGUUUGAGAAUACAAUGUCCCUUCUUCGAACAAAGGCGCUGGUGAUGGGUCUUUUAGAAACUGGAAGAGUGAAUGAAUGGGUUGUGACCGAGAAACUAGGCGACCCUCUGAAGACAAAACUGAUUGCUGAAGCCCCUAAAGAGCCUCAAGCCAGAUUCCGGGAUAGAGUGCAUUUGCUGGAAGUUUGUGUCGGAGCUUAUCUACUGUUCUGCGGAUGCUACGAUGUUGCCUACGGGAACAACUUUCUCUUCGUCUAUCUCUUGUUGCAGUCCAUGGCAUUCUUCCUGGUCGGUUUUGGCUUCGUGGGCACGCUUGUUCCUCCGAGUUCUUAGCCAGUCUCCGCUCCGUUUCUCCGCCCCUUUCGAGCAAAACCAUAGUGUAAAGACUCUGAAAGGGCCUCUUCAGUCUGUCAUUCUUUGAGGUAAUUGAGAAGAACAAAUGCCAAACACCGAAGCUCCUUCCCAUAACAGAACCGACCGGUUUUUGUAUAAUAGACACAAGUUGAUGUAAGAGCUACCGAUUUGGACCUACUGGUCAUUAGGCAAUCACUCCUAGUAAAGGUAAUCCUAAUGUUUCAAUAUC